ACGUUUUAAGUACGACAUGAACCGAUAGCAGAAAGACUCAUAAAUUCAUCCACUUGAGACAAACGUAGCCAUAAAAUCCGUUUACACAUAUAAAUAUAUCCGAUAAUAAAAUACUCUGCUUCAGUGCUUCUGCAACCGUCACCAAUCUACACGCACACAAAUAAUAAUAAUUCCCCCAACAAAAACAACAACUCCAAUCUCCUUCAUCCAACCGCGGUUUCAUUUUCCUGCGAAUGUUCGCUGCCAAUGCCGCAACCAACCUCUUCUCAGCCUGCAGCCCCUCGUCCUUUCGGUGCCGCGCCUCCGCCGGAGACCUCUCCGCCGGCCCCUCCUUCUUCCAGUCCGUCGCCGGCGGCCUCAGGCUAGGCCAGUUUCCCGACGGCGGAGGACUCGCCGCGGAAGGGCGGCGCGGCGGAGGGAACGAGCCCAUAAGGGUGAAGAAAUGGUCGCGGAAGAGAGAGAGCUACUUGGAUAACGAUUCCGAGCCUCUUCCCCUUCCCAUGACGUAUCCCGAUUCCUCGCCUGUUUCUUCGGAGGAGAUUGAUAAGCGUCUUCAGUGCGAUCCCCAAGUUGAGGAUUGUAAAGAGGUGGUGUAUGAAUGGACUGGCAAGUGCCGAAGUUGCCAAGGUUCGGGAUAUGUGAGCUACUAUAACAAGAGAGGGAAGGAGACUACCUGCAAAUGCAUUCCUUGCAUGGGAAUUGGUUACGUGCAGAAGAUAACAGCUCGCAAGGAUAUUGACGUAAUGGAGGAUCUGGAGAAUGGAAAACCGCCAUGAUGGUUGAUGGUCCUCCUUCAGUCUUUUAUUCCCUUUCUCUCUCCACCUCGGAAAUUUAUACUUUAUUUAUCUUGAUGAGUUAUAUUCUUCCAUAAUAGUUCCUCAAAAUAUUACGUUAAUGAACAUUUAUAUGAUUAGACUGAUAAAGAUUGUACUCACUAGAAAAUUGACUUGGAAAAAGAAAAUCCCACAAAGGAAGAUAGGAAAACACACUUGCAUCUUUUGGAAAGAAUAUAUUCUUUUCCAUAAA